AUGUUACAGUUUUUAAAGAAAACAGGGCGAAGGAAAUCCAUCGCAGGAAGCAAUGAAUCUGCCGCAACGGCGAGUGAUCUAGCCACGGAAUCAUCGCGACGAGGUGAUGGUGAUGUCAUCGAUGGCGCCGAGAGCGACGAGUCGGCACUGCGACUUGCCGAACGACACUGUUCUGCGAGCAAAGAUUCUUCACCCCGUGUUUCAAAGCUGUCCAGACGGAUGGUGGAUAUUCUGGCCGAGCAAAGUUGCAUGUGUUACUUUGUGCAGUAUCUGGAAUCGCGCAAUGCACUGUCGUUGAUCAAGUUUUGGCUAGAUGUCGAGAGUUUUAAGGCGGCCGCCUCGGAAAGCACACGAGGAGGUGUGCCGACGGUGUCCAGAACUACGACGACGACGAGUGCCGCUCACAGCGGUGCUCCCGGAGGAAGAUUGCACCGCAGUGUGUCAUCCGAUGGGUACGAUAGUUUGUCGUUUUUCAGCGUUGACGGUGACUCGCUGUCCACGAAUUCGUUUUCGGAGAACGCUUUCGAAGACACCCAAUCGGUGGACGAUUUGCGUGAAGCGGACUCGAGGACUUCGCAGAGCUGUACGCCCAUCCCUCCGCCGCUCGAAGUGUUGGAGGAGGUGGACAUCAAGGACGACGGCAGUGAGCCGGCCGGCGGGGGUGACCAACGGCAAUCGGGGCCGAAAGUGUUAGAAGUCUGUGAUAUGACCAUCAUGCGGCAAUCGUUGACCGAUGAUGAGAAAAAGCAGAUCUGCGAAGCGGGCAAAGGUGGCAGCAGCUUCAAUUCGUUGAUUAACUCGGACGCGGUCCGUAUCUACCGGAAGUAUCUUACUACCAAUUCGCCACACCACAUCGAUAUGCCGGCCACCAUAUUAUCGCACAUCUCGUUGGCCCUGUGCGCCAACAGCGGCGCCUGUAACGAGCAGCUGUUCAACGAAGCGCAGCUCCAUCUGCUGGAUCUGUUCGAGAGUAACUAUUUGAAUCAGUACCUGGAAAGUUCCUUCUAUUGCAAGUACACGCUGGAGGUGCUGACGAGCGAAAAUCUCACCUUGCGGGAUGUUUUAGGGAGCGAAAUGGCUCUGUUCUACUUCAUGGAACAUCUGGAGCAGCAAAACAUGCGCCACUAUCUGGAGUUCUACGUGGCGGCCGUAAACUUUAAGCGUACCUGCGAGAACCCGGUCCAGGCGCAGAAGGACGCCGUGGUGCUGUACGAUAAGUAUUUCUCCCUUCAAGCGACCUGCUCGCUGCUCGUGAGCGACAAGAUACGGUUCUUGCUCGAAGAGCACAUCUGCUCACUGGACAACGCGGAUGUUGCGGAAUGCUUCGAACUACCAGCGCGCAUUAUCGAACACUUCCUGGAGCACCGCUACUUUGCCGGCUUUCUGAAAUCGCCCCUGUACUGCCGUUUCAUCAGCGAGCUUCUGGGGAAGGUGAAGAGCAACACUAUAAACAACGGUACGUCGUCGUCGACGUCGGGUGUCGGAAAGUUUCCGGACCGGCGGAACAGUGCCGCUACAAGCGCUGGACGCCGUGGCGGCCACCGCAAGACACGGUCGGAUGUAACGAGCGAUAGUAGCGCAAACAGUGGCGGGAACAGUGCGAUCAUAGGUCGGCGACAAAACUCGGUCACGUUCAUCUCGUCGCAAAACACGCUUCUGGCCAUGGCCGACACAAGCUUCCAGCGCAAUCGGAAGCAGCACACCAUGGGCCACCUGGGGGGUAGCGCUGCCAGUCCUCCCGGUGGUGACAUGCAGAUCGAUUCUCGCCAUCUGUACAAUCCGGACCUGCUCUGGCGGCGCAAUUCAGCCGGCAGUGGCGGACUAACGUUCGGGCGCGUCGAUGCGCUGGGCCGCUACGAGCGAGACUUUGACAUCACCGAACCGCCGGCCGGAGAUGAUCGAUGGAACCGUAACCGAAUCAGAAAAGCGGUCCGCAAACUGGUCAACCUGCCGGAAGACAAGGCACAGGAGGAGCUUGCGUGGCAGGUUGCCGAAAUGAUUGUGAAAGACAUUACCAACGUUACCAUGAACCAUACGACGUGAUGGGCAAACCGUGUUACGGAGCGCAGUUCCGGUGCAGUGCACCCUGCGCCAUUACUCGCAUGUAGAUACUCUGGCAAAAGUACACUGACUCACAGAAAGUAUUAAAUUUUAUCCACGACAUGACGCUUCCCUAGGGAGUUAUUUAUUAUGUGGCGGCAACCACAGUUACAUUGAUUGGCCGUGAAGCCGUGAAGCGGCCACCAAGCGCCUAACAAACAAACUCGAAAUCUUUUGGAAUCGUGAACCUCCAAAAAUGCUUUCCAUUAGCGGGAUUUAUGGAUGCAUAGCGAACAUAGGAAUAUGAUUAAAAUUGUCGCGAAAAUCGCGCUUCGUGCAUAGAAAUAUCGAGCUUUAGUUUUAGCGAGAGAGAAGAGCGAAAAUGAUUCCUUUCCCGAACGAAUCUUACUGCUGCCAUCGUGCAGCGAAAACA